AUGACAAUUAAAGGAGCGGUACCACAGACCGACCAAGAGCAAAAUGCUCAAGGCGAAGCCCUCCAUCAACUAGACCCAGAUAGCGCCCUUGCCACAUCUCGACCUCCCUCUCUUGCAGAGCCGGCCUCAACGCUCGGCGCAAAACGAGCCGCUUCCACCUCCAUCCUCACAAACCAGACUCUGGCCGCUCAAACGAAGGUGGCGAUUCCUCGCCAGCGCGCGGGAAUCGCUCAGCGCUAUAAUCGCCGUGUUCCCCGCGCAUGCGAAUCAUGCAGAGCCCGUAAGACAAAAUGCAGUGGCGAUACCCCUGUAUGCCGUCAGUGUCGGGAGUUGAGGGCGACUUGUAACUAUCCACAGGGUUGGAGGGAAAAGACGAAAAAACAAGUUGAAAAACUUUCGGAAAAAGCACAAGAAUAUGAAUUAUUGUUGAAAGAGUUAGGAAAUACUGUUGAGUCUCGUGCUGCGGAAAGGAUCAAGAGCUUGCUGGACAAGCAUGGCCUAGACACGGAAGAAUCAUCCACCCAAUCGAACUCCGUAACGCCUCAGGAUGAUAACCCAGAGCACGAUGAACCAUCGUCGCCCUCGUCCAUUGGAUCCCUCGAGGCGAUUGAUCGAGUGGAAGAGGAUCUCAACCGAUCUGAACACACCAGGGCAACCGGCUACAUGGGCAAGAAUUCCGAGAUCACUUGGAUGCAACGACUGCAAAGAGAAGCCGAUCAACGCGCACAGGGUCUUCCAGGCAGUUUGGAGCCUGGCCAGGAUCGCCAAACAGACAAUGCAUUAUCUCUACAUGCAGUCAACUACCACCUUGAUGAUUUGGACAUUUCUGUGCCUGGCCCGGUACAGCUAUAUGCCAUGCCAUCCCGAGAAGCAGCAGAUCAUAUGUUCAAUGCCUACCUAACUACCGUGCACCCAUUCUAUCCCAUUAUCAACAGACCCCUUUUCGCUGCCCAAUAUCGAACAUUUUUCGAAAGUGCUGCCCGGCCUGGCGACAAGUGGCUUGCUAUCUUGAAUAUGAUCUUUGCAAUAGGUGCAAAGCAUGGUCAUUUGACUGACGCCCCAUGGCGUGGAGAUGAGAAAGACCACUUGGUGUAUCUGACCAGAGCCCGGAUUCUGAGCAUGAACGGCGAUGUUCUGUUUAGUCAUCCUGAUCUCCAGCAAGUCCAAGUAGAGGGCUUAAUUGCCUUUUACCUUCUGGCAUCUGACCAGAUCAAUAGGGCUUGGAGAAUCUCGGCGUUGGCGGUGCGCUCGGCAAUCACCCUUGGUAUUAACAUGAAGAGCAGCGCGCCCACUACCCCAGAUCUAUCAAAAGAAGCCCGCUACCGAGUCUGGUGGUGCUUGUAUACCUUCGAGCAUCUGCUCGGAAUAAUGACUGGCCGUGCAACAUGUAUCCAAGAUGGUGUUUGCACCUCACCCUUCCCAAUUCCGUUUGAAGAAGACCAGCUGCAAGAACCCGGUGCUCUUGAAGUUCUUACAAAUUCGGCCUUGCGAGACGAACGAAUCAACAAUGUAGUAGCCAGUUCGUGCAUCAGACAAAUGCCACUCAACCCAGCCAAUGGCAAGGAAGCUACAAAUCAUACUACAGCCCGAGACACCACAUGGAUCAAAAGCCUGCCUAUCAACUAUGGGCUCUGCUACUUAUACUACUGUGACCUGGCAGUUGUCGUCCAAGAAAUUGUCAACAAAGUCUACUCAGUAGACUGCGUGAUGGUGCCUUGGGCGCACAUCGAGAAUCGUAUUGGAGAACUCAGAUCUCGGACCGAGAUGUGGGCAUCCAGUCUCCCGUCGCAGCUCGACUUCACCCGCACACAUGAAGAUGGCCCUGACAUUCUGCGGUGUAAGCUUACGCUGGCAUUACAUUACUACAGCGCGCGUAUCACUCUCGGCCGACCCUGUCUGUGCCGUCGCGACGCGCGCCAAAAGGGCCCACACGCAUCCUUCAGCCAUGACAUGGCCGUAAUCACUUUGAACUCUGCCUGUCUGAUGCUCGAUCUCAUCCCCGACGAACCAAACGCCAUCCAACUGUAUUCAAUCGCACCCUGGUGGUGUGUCCUCCAUUACCUCAUGCAAGCAGCAACAGUCCUACUCCUGGAACUAUCAUUCGGCACAGUCCACAUGCCCGAAGAAGAGCAAAAAUUCAUCCAACUCUCCAAAAAAGCCACCCGCUGGCUCUUCGCAAUGUCCGAGACAAGCAUCGCCUCAAGACGCGCCUGGCAGCUGUGUGAUCUCAGCCUUCGGAAACUCGCCCAAGGCAUGAAAUACGACGUCAGUGAUAUGCCCGAGUACCCUUACCACCCCGAGCCCACCACAACCAUCGGCUCAGAGGCGAACGAUGGUCCCGUCCCUCACUCCGUUGGCGACUAUUGGGGUCCUCAGCUCGAACAUAUCCCCGUGUCUGUACCUGCCCCAACGCCUGGUGAAGAUCAUUACACUUAUCCUACCAUCUCGACCACGGAUUUGAUGUCGACGUUAACGGCCGAAGCUCAGGAUUCUUAUUUCCCUUAUGAUCCUAUCAGCGGAGAAUUCAUGAGGUCUUUCUUCCCCCCAAACAACGAAAAUGAUGAUUAA